UAUCUGAUCAGCAUAGAUGAGUUGGACUGAAGGGCCUGUUUCUAUGCUGUGCAUCUGGUAGAUAGUGGUCCUCAGAAUUCUGUUCCCAUUAGGCUCUCCCUUAACUCUCUUGCAAAUGGUCUUGGUGACAGUAUGAGAUUCUGACAAGAAACAGGACCCAUAAAUGCACAAGGGAAGGAUUCCGUACAUGGAGAUGGGUAUAGUUACUUAUGCCACAUAAGGCCUGCUGUAUCCCAGCCAGUGGAACGCAAGCUGUUUGUCUAUACGGGCAGGAGGUAUAUGGCCCCUUUGUCUUACAGGAGUGGGUGAGACAAGUCUCAAAUAGGUAAGAGAUGUUAUGUGGAACAUGCACACCCAUAGCUGGUUCCAUUAAAGCAAUUCUCAUACGACCCUGCAGUAGAGUUAAAAGACAUCAGCAAACAGGUGGCAGGAGGGCUCAUACAGUAUUGGAAAACUUAUCCUUAAACAUUUUGACUAAAAUGUUUAAUUUUGAAUUAUACAACACAUUUGCUGCACAAUAGAAAAUAGGCAGGGAGAGUAAGACAAUUAAGAACGUUUGCCUGAACAUCAGUGAAUCUGUAUAAACAGGACACCAAGUGAUAACAUUCAUGGCUGUUCCUUUGUGAAAUUAAUAACAAUGUUUGAUUCUGACCUCAAAAUGAAACUCGCUCCAAAUUGACUUCUCCCUUGAAUUAUUGUCCUUCACUAUUAUCUGUCUAGUUCAGAACAUGCAGUGCUUUUGUUAACUUUUUGUGUUUGUGACAGUAUAGCCUUUGUAAACUUGUGUAUAAAGGUAGUCUGUUUGUGACAGUACAACAGAGUAGCCUGCCAGGACUCUUGAAGGAAGAACAAUGUCCUACUCUCCUGGGUUAUUAGAAUCCAGUUAGCCUGGCUUAUAGGUAUCAGGGUUAUGUUGUAACAGUGAUGCUAUUAGUAAAUUAAAGGGAUGAUUAAAAUUAAACUAAAACUGUCUGCAAGAGUUUUUGUGAAAUUCCAGACUACCAAAGGUACGAUCUCCGGGAUGAACCAAGAGAGGCUUGCAAGUUGAGUUCAUAAGGAAUUCCUUGGGCCGUCUCAAAUCUGCACUUUAUCAAGAGUUCUUCAUUACUAUUACCAACAAAGUGCGAUCCAUUGUCCAAGCUAAUGCACGCAGAGUAUUGGACGAUCUGAAGACAGAAGUUUCAAAAUCAACAGAUGAAGGGCUCUCCAUUGUCUGCAGUCCUCAAUUUGACAUCAAUGUCUGACAGUCACUCACUCCAUUGGGACGACAACAAUUUUCCAACUAUGAUUCUGUGAGAAGGAGCAAAGCUUUUUGGUUCCGGUUUGAGUACUCUUCAGCAUUAGUGGGACUGGAUGAGAGACCCUACUGUUGCAGUGCACUGAGUGUGGAGCCUGAAGCAGUUAUACAGCCUGGAAAAAGAAAUUCACGGUGGGGAGCGGCUCCACACGCGUUUGUGUGUGGCUGAAGCGUUGGCCAUGGAGAAGCCCGAGGAAUCCUGCCUCGUAGAGAAACCGUGGAAGUGUGGCGACUGUGGGAAAGGUUUCCAUGUCCCGUCUGUCCUGGAGACUCAUCGGCGCAGCCACACUGGGGAGAAGCCGUUCUUCUGCUAUGUCUGCGGAAAAGGCUUCAGCGAUUCCUCCAACCUGCUGACCCACCAGCGAGUCCACACGGGUGAGAGGCCCUUCAGCUGCCCCGAUUGCGGGAAGGCUUUUCGUGAUUCCUCCGCCCUGCUGACCCACCGGCGGAUCCACACAGGGGAGAGGCCCUUCAUCUGCCCCGUGUGUGGGAAGGCUUUUCGUGAUUCCUCAGCCCUGCUGACCCACCGGCGGGUCCACACGGGGGAGAGGCCCUUCAGCUGCUCAGAGUGUGGGAAGGCCUUCAGUAAUUCCUCCAACCUACUGACCCACCUGCAGGUCCACAUGGGUGAGAGGCCGUUCAGCUGCCCCCAGUGCAGGAAGGCCUUUACCCAGGCCUCCACCCUGCUGAGGCACGGGCGGAUCCACUUGGGGGAGAGGCCGUUCCCCUGCACAGAGUGCGGGAAGGCCUUUAGCAAUUCCUCCAACCUACUGACGCACCGGCGAGUCCACACGGGGGAGAGGCCAUUCAGCUGCCCCCAGUGCAAGAAGGCCUUUACCCAGGCCUCUGCCCUGCUGAGGCACCGGAGGAUCCACAUGGGGGAGAGGCCCUUCAGCUGCCCCGAGUGCGGGAAGACCUUUACCCAGGUCUCCACCCUGCUGACCCACCGGCGGAUCCACACGGGGGAGAGGCCUUUCAGCUGCUCAGAGUGUGGGGAGGGGUUGUCAGGUGAGCCACCUGCAGAGGCACUAGCGACUCCACUAGGGGGAAGAGGCCCUUCAGGGGCCCCGAGUGCAGGACGGGGUUCACCUGCUCGAUUUAAGCUGCUGACCCACCAGUGUCUCCACACCAGGGAGAGGCCGUUCACCUGCUCCUCCCAACUGUGGACGCACUGAAGCGGCGACGGCCGAGUGACAUUUAUCGACUGGACUGUCAACCCAGUUUUGGGGCUGCUGGGUUCGAAUCCGACCGCGGUAGAUGGCGGAAUUGGAAUUUGGUCAGAAACUGGAGUUCAGAAUCUAACGAUGAAACCAUUUUUUGUUGGGGUGGGGGUGGGUGGAGAAAACCCCCAUCCGAUUCACUCACAUCCUUUUUAGGGGAGGAAACUGCCGUUGUGGGAAAGGAUUCACUCAGCUGCAUUCUUUACCCAGGCUGGCCUACACGUGACUCCAGACCCACAGUAGUGUGGUUGACGCGACACUGCCCAUCCAAUUUACUUGGAAUACAGGAUACGGGUUGAAAUUACUGAGUGAGGCAAUACUUCCCACAGGUUAAGGCUGUACCAAGGAUCCAAUUACAAAGGGACAACUUGGUGGUGACCAAUAGUAAGGAAAGUGUGGUUGUGAGGGAAUGUGUGCGCACUUCGGUCUUGAGCUGUUUGAAAAGUAGCUACUUUUUCUCUGCCUUUCUGCUGGGGGGAUCUGAAGCUGUAACAA